AUGGUUUUCACGUUGCCUGAGGUUGCUGGUGUUAAUCUGCUCGUUUGGGGUACCUCGGAGCCAUCCGAUGAGAACUUUAGGCGAUGGUGUCAAGGUGGUUUCCAGUUUAGUGAAUAUGAACAGACCGCACUUCUUCAAAUAGAUAGUGGGCCGUGUGCUGUCAUCGCUGCUGUCCAAGCCGGGAUUUUGCGCCAAGUUCUUUUCUCGACAGAACACCCUAUCCCAGUUCAUUCGGAAAUUUUCCCAAUCAGGUCCGGAUUUCAACGCUUUAUUUCAGGUCUAAGGAUGAAUAUUGUUCCAAACCCAUCCAUGUCUAGUUUAACUGCUGUGGACACUGAGGAAGAUUUGCACGCAUCGAUUCUUUCCCUCAUCCCUGCGUUUGAAUCAGAAUUUGGCAUUUUGUGCUUCCUCUAUUCCAUUCUUGUGACACACGGGUUGGAAAAUGUCAAAAAUGGAAUGAUCGGCGAAACAGAAACCCUAAUCGAUUCUAACUUUGGCAAUGCCAGCCAGUGUCUCUUGAACCUUCUUCUGACUGGACAAUCUUCACCAUAUCUUUUCGAUGGCAAACGCGACCUCUCGGGCUUUUGCAUGCAGGGUAUUACCGAGCAGCCAAAAACAGGUUUUCUGACAAUCAUGGAGUCCCUGCGCUAUUGUGAAGUUGGUUGGUUUUUAAAGAACCCAUCCACCCCCAUAUGGAUCAUUGGUUCUGAAAGUCAUUUCACUGUACUGGCUUCACCGUGUGUUGAACUUGUGAGUGUGGAGCCCAUUGGGUCCCUUCUUCAAUCAGAACAGACAGGACGGGAUGGUUCAAUACCAAAAUCCAGCUUGUGGCAAGCGGAACGCGAAUUUGAAAACCUUUGUGAAAGUUCCGACGCUGGGUUUCUGACUUACGAAAAAUACGAACAGCUACUUGGCCUAUUGAGAUUGCCUAAUGACGAAGCAAGUAUUCGGGUGGCUAAAACAACUAUGGACCCAGAUGGAAUGCAAAUAAUUCUGCGAAAGCCUUUCUUCGACUACUACUAUUCUGAUGAAAUAAGGCGUCGAGGCGAUAUCAUCUCUGAAUUUCAAGUUCUGCACUUUAAUGGACUGCCCGUCGGCCAACCCAGGGAUAAGGUAAUGUAUAGAUAUGGCAUUGCAAAAAUCAUGGACCCCAUGGAAGAGAGCCCUCCUACCAGAUUGACUACACUGGACCGAUGUCUACGCACCAAGUGGCCUACGAUCCAGGUUACUUGGGAAGAUGGUCUCGAACCGGUGAUCGAGUGA